UGAGCACCGUCUUUCUGUUUUGUGCUUUGGGGGCUUUACUCACCUGUCCAUCUUACGCUGGAUGGACAGGAAGAGAGUUCUUCCUGUCAUUCAUGCAGAAUUAUGCUCCAAACUACGCCAGCCCUCGCUUUGAGCUACACAUCACCGCUGUUCAGGCCAAUGCCAAAGUGACAGUGCAAUUGCCUCCUUUAAACUUCAAGCAAGAGAAAAAUCUUAAUGCCGGAGAAAGGGUCACCAUCGGUCUCCCCGUUGGUGUCGAGAUGUACGGCAGCCAGAAGUCUCCUAACACGGUGCGCAUCGAAGCCUCGGCAGAUGUGACCGUAACCUCUUUUAACUUCAAGCUGUACACAGCCGACACCUCUGUGGUGUAUCCGGUCACUGAAUUGGGCACAGAAUAUUUCAUCUUCACACCUGCUGGAACCCCUUAUGGCUCCUUUAAAGAAUUCUCUGUGACAAAUGGAAAAGACAGUAACAAAGUUGAGAUUUUCCCAAGUGGUUUUAUCAGUUUUGAAGGUCGUGUCUAUGGAAAUGGCAGCCAAAUGGUGAUAGAUCUCAAGCCAUAUGAGAGUGUGCAGCUCCAGAGUCUGUAUGAACUCUCUGGUACCAGAGUGUCCUCCCAGCACCCUGUUGCUGUUGUCACGGGUCACACAUGCACAUGGCGAUUCUCCAAAUGCAACCAUGUAUAUGAGCAACUACUGCCAGUAAGCAGGUGGGGAUCCAACUUCAUCGUGCCUCCCCUGACCUUCCAGGACAAAUUUGACAGCGUCUUCCUCCAGGCCUCCCAACCCACACGGGCCACCAUCCAACACGGCAACCGUGAAGAGGUUUUGACUUUGAGAGGGGGGCAGAUAUUGGAGAUCCAAUCCCAAAAAUCUGAAAUACUGUACAUUCAGGCUGAUCAUGGCAUACAGGUUCUCAUGCUCUUCAAUGGUGUCACACUGAGCUGGAUCCAGUUCUACGACCCUUUCUUGAUGAACAUCCUGCCCAUGGAGCGCUUCUGCUCCUCUUACUCACUAGAGGCUCUGGACGGCUUUGAAAACAAGGCCCUGAUUGUGGCACAGACCCGUGCUACAGCAGAGCUGCGCAUUGAUGGUGCAAACCUGCCCCGUAAUAUCCAAUGGCAAAAGGUGGCCGGGACAGAUUUCUCAUGGACGGAGAUGUCCUACAACCAAAACCCUGGCCACAAUGGACUCACUGUGUCCAGCUCUGGUUCCCCCUUUGCUCUCUACAGUAUAGGUGUCAGCCAGAUGAAUGGUUACGGUUCCAUAGGACAAUGUACACAGCCAGGGAGUGGAUCCCUGUCCUGCAGUAGUAUCACUUGCAGUGCCAAAGAAGUGUGUGAAGUGAAGGGUGGGUAUCCCUCCUGUGUCCCCAAGCCAGUGGAAAAGAAGCCAGGUACCUGCUGGGCCAUGGGAGAUCCACACUACCGCACCUUUGACGGGCGAUUCUUUAACUUCAUGGGUACCUGCACAUACGUUAUUGCUAAAAACUGUGGCAAGAAAGAUCGUCUUCCAGACUUUGAGGUUCUUGCCCGAAAUGAGAACAGAGGAAGCCUCAGGGUGUCCUAUGUUUCUGAGGUUACAGUGAAGGUGUAUGGGUACACUAUCACAGCAGUUCGGUCUGAAGUGGGUCGUGUAAGGAUUGACAACAGUCUCUGGAGUUUGCCUGUGACCUUAAACAACAACAAAUUGAAUAUGUCUCAGAGCGGUCGCUCUUUGGUCAUUGAGACUGAUUUUGGCCUGACCGUCCGUUAUGACUGGGAACACUAUCUUGUAGUCACUUUGUGUGGCAGUUACGCUGGUAAGACGUGUGGUCUCUGUGGCAACUUCAAUGACAACCCCAAUGAUGAUUUCACCACACCCUCUGGCUCUCAAGCAGAGGGGGCUGUGGCCUUUGGGAGCAGCUGGAAGGUGCCAGGACUGGUGGAAAAUGCGCUGUGCAAAGAUGAUUGUGUGGGUGGGUGUGAGCGCUGUGAAGACAGCCAGAUGAAGAUGUGGGAGGGUUCCUUGUUUUGUGGGAUAAUCAGUGCAACAAAUGGCCCAUUCCAAAAAUGCAAUGCCUUCAUUGACCCACAAGCAUACCUGCAGAACUGUAAAUAUGAUGUUUGCAUGGGAGGCGGCCUCAGACAUUUCCUCUGCAAGGCGCUGGAGGCUUACACUGAAGCCUGCCAGUUAGCUGGGAUCAAGGUUGAAGAUUGGAGGAAGAUGGCAAGAUGCCCUGCUACAUGUCCAUCCAAUAGCCACUAUGAGAACUGUGGCAAUGCCUGUCCUGCCACUUGUUCCGACCCUGAUGCUCCCUCAAAAUGCAAACGCCCCUGUGUGCAGACCUGCACCUGUAAUGCAGGUUUCGUUUUGAGUGGAGGACAGUGUGUGCCUGCUGCUAAAUGUGGCUGUACCUAUGAGGGUCGAAACAUUCCUGCUGGGGAGUACUUCUGGGCCGACCAGAGCUGUCGUCGAAGGUGUACAUGUGUUGCUGGAAGCAGGCGCGUGGAGUGCCAGGAUAAAGGCUGUGGGCCGGGCGAGCAGUGCCAGGUGGUUGACGGUGUUCGAAAGUGCCAUGCGGUCUCCCAAAGCACCUGUCAGGCCACAGGUGACCCCCAUUACGUGACCUUUGACAAAAACAGAUUUAACUUCCAGGGCACAUGUGUGUACCAACUGGUUGCACUGUGCUCAAAGGACCCCGAGUUGGUACCCUUUGAAGUGCUGGUGCAGAAUGAUUAUCGAGGCAGCAAGGUGGUCUCCUACACAAAGUUAGUGGAGAUCAAGGUUUACUCCCUCAGCAUUGUUGUUACAAAGACGCACAAGGGACUUGUUAUGGUAAAUGAUGAGCUGGUCAACCUGCCCAUCCAACUGGCUGGAGGACAGGUCUCUGUGUACAAAAGUGGCUGGUCCGCCGUGGUCACCACACAAUUUGGCCUCCAAGUAUCGUUCAACUGGGAAAGCGCUGUGUACGUAACACUGCCAAGUAACUACAUGGGAGCCGUUUGUGGCCUCUGUGGAAAUUACAAUGGCAAACUCCAGGAUGACCUGAUUCCAAAGAAUGGUAAAACACCUGUCUCACCAGUAGAUUUUGGUACGAGCUGGCGAGUAGCGGAGAUCCCAGGGUGUGUUGAAGGCUGUAAAGGGGUGUGUCCUGAUUGUGACAUUACCGAGAAGGUUAAAUAUGAAAAAGGAGAUUUCUGCGGACUAUUGAAAGAUCCCAAAGGGCCAUUCCGUGGCUGCCAUGCCGAGGUGGACCCAGCUGGCUACUUUGAAGAUUGUGUUUAUGAUGUUUGCUUGUAUAAGGGCAGAAGGGAUGUCCUCUGUCAGGCUAUUACAGCUUAUACAUCUGCCUGCCAAGCUGUGGGGGCCAAUGUCUACAGCUGGAGGACCAGUCAGUUCUGUGCCGUGAAAUGUUCAGUCCAUAGCCACUACGAAGUUUGUGCGACCGGCUGUCCGGCCUCUUGCCAGAGUCUGUCGAAUCCAAAAGGAUGCCAAGCGCUGUGUAAAGAGACCUGUACGUGUGAUGAGGGGUACAUUCUCAGUGGAGACGACUGUGUUCCCUUCUCACAGUGCGGCUGUGUCUACAAUGAUCGCUACUACGGCAUUGGCCAAGUGUUUUAUCCCAAUGGGGAGUGUCAGGAAGAGUGCAAGUGCACACAAGAUGGGGAGGUUGAGUGCAAGAAGUUCUCAUGUGGCCCUAAUGAGAAGUGUAAAGUGGAGAACGGCAUCCAAAAAUGUCAUCCUAUUGGGAAGGGUGUGUGCCAAGCCGCCGGUGACCCCCAUUAUCGCUCUUUUGAUGGGCGAACAUUUGAUUUUCAGGGCACCUGCACCUACACACUGUCUGAAAGCUGUAAGCUGGAAGGCACCCACCUGGUGGCCUUUUCUGUUCAAGUGGAGAACGUGCAGUGGACGUACAACAAAGCAGUGUCCGUCACCAAGCUGGUUGCUGUGGUGGUCUACGGAUACACUCUUAUCAUGAGGAACAACAUGUUUGGAGUCUUGGUGGAUGGAGUGUUUAACAACCUACCGGUUAAUCUUAAAGAUGGAGCAGUGCUGGUCUAUCAAGAAGGCCAGCAUUAUGCAAUUGCAACAGAUUUCGGGUUGACUGUCACUUAUGACCUGGUCUACCAGGUGACCGUCACAGUACCCGGUAAUUACCGUGGUAUGGUCUGUGGGCUCUGUGGAAACUUCAACGGGGAGAAGAACGAUGACUUCCAAAUGCCCAACCGUCAGCUCUCUAACAAUGUGAAUGUGUUUGGAAAGUCAUGGAUGGUCACCAUCCCUAAUGUGGUGUGUGAGAAUGGCUGUGAAGGGAAUAACUGUCCAACAUGUGAUGCUGCUCGCAAGGCUGUGUUUUCAAAGUCUACUUACUGCGGCAUUGCUACGGCACCUGAUGGUCCUUUCGCUGCCUGCCAUAGUAAACUAGACCCGCAGCCAUACUUUGCUGGCUGUGUGUUCGAUGUGUGUGCCUCUGAUGGCGAUGGGAAGGUACUGUGUAAUAGCAUAGCAGCCUAUGCCUUCAACUGUCACCUGGCAGGAGUGGACGUCAAAAACUGGAGGACCACUUCAUUCUGUCCCAUGAAAUGCCCGACCAACAGUCACUAUGAAGUAUGUGCAGACGCCUGUUCUUCAUCCUGCCCAGGCCUCACAGAGAUUGUACAGUGCUCCACCAGCUGCAUAGAGGGCUGUGAAUGUGAUGAAGGCUUCUUAUUUGAUGGACAUGUGUGUGUUCAGAAGGCCGAGUGUGGCUGCUACGACAAUGGGAGAACGUACAAGUCUGGUGAAACGACAUACGGGGAAGACUGUAACACAAAGUGCACCUGCAAAUCAGAGACAGGCCUCGUAUGUGAGAAACAUUCCUGCCCUGCUAGCACGAAAUGCAUGGUCAAGAACGGCAUCCGGGCAUGCUACAACACAGAUCCCUGCAAAGAUGCCAAGUGUCGGGUCAAAGAGAAGUGUCGUGUUGAGAAGGGUGAAGCUCUCUGCGUCCCUGAGUACACGGGCAAAUGCUGGGCCUGGGGUGACCCCCACUACCACACAUUUGAUGGUUACAACUUUAACUUCCAAGGCACCUGCAAGUAUGUCAUCUCCAAGACCUGCGGGGACCUGGAUGGUCUUGUACCUUUCUCAGUCACUGAGAAGAACGAUAACCGGGGAAGCACAGUAGUUUCCUUUGUCAGAGAGGUAGAGGUGUCUGUGUACGGCUACACAAUCACCAUCACCAAGAACCAAGUUGGUCGAGUAACGGUGGACGGGGAGCUGGUGAAUCUUCCUGUGCAACUGGAUGAAGGUGAAAGUGAGGUGUCGGUGUUUCAGCGCGGUCACACUGCAGUGGUGGACACAAACUUUGGCCUGGUUGUCUCCUACGACUGGAACCAUGAGGUGGUCAUCCAGCUGCCCAGCAGCUACUACGGCAGUGUCUGCGGCCUGUGCGGCAACUUUAACGGUAACAACCGCGAUGAACUCCAGAAUCCAGCCGGCAAAGCGGUCUCUUCAGUAAUUGAAUGGGGCAAGAGCUGGCAAACGCCAAACCAGGUCGGUGACCGUGCUUGCCAGGAGACAUGUGAGGAAAACUGUCCUACCUGUGAAGCGGACCAGAAAAAGCUUUAUGAGACUGAGGCUUUCUGUGGCGGCCUCAUAGCCAAGACCAAUAAUGUGUUCGAGAAAUGUCACGAAAAAUUGGACCCCCAGGCCUUCAUGGACAACUGUGUGUAUGAUAUGUGUCUGAAUAAGGGAGACAAAAAGAUGCUGUGUCAGGCAUUGGCAUCUUAUAGUCAGAAGUGUCGUAAGGAAGGAAUAGUAAUCAAGGACUGGAGGAUGAAGUUUGGCUGCCCAAUGAGUUGUCAGCGUCACAGCCACUACGAAGACUGCGCCAGCCCAUGCCCGCCAUCCUGCCCCUUCCCCGAGCAAAAGAACACCUGCAACGAUGCCUGCCUGGAGGCCUGUGUGUGUGACAACGGUUAUGUUCUCAGCGCUGGUGUCUGUGUGCCUGCUAAAACAUGCGGUUGCUCCUAUCAGGGGCGUUACUACAAGCCCGGUCAACACUUUUGGGCUGACGAGGCUUGCGGCCGCCUAUGUGAGUGUGAUACGAAACUGGGCAUUGUGACAUGCCGCGAGGCUUCCUGCUCUGCCAAGGAGACGUGCACCGUAGUGGACGGGGAGCGCGCCUGCCGACCCAUCAGUCACGCCACAUGCACAGCCUCGGGUGACCCACACUACCGGAGUUUUGAUGGCCGGAGGUAUGACUUCCAGGGCACGUGUGAAUAUCAGCUGGUGGGUCUGUGCUCCCAGCAACCAGGGCUGGAGCCGUUCAAGGUGACGGUGCAGAAUGAAAACCGGGGAAGCAAGGCUGUGUCCUACACAAAGACCAUCACGUUAUCCAUCUAUGGUCUUGUCCUCACCAUCAGUAGAGAAUACCCAAACAAGAUCCUGCUCAAUGGGCAGGUUGCUUCGCUACCACUCGAUUACAAAAACGAGCUGGUUGUGUUUCUCAGCGGCUGGACAGCCGUGGUGGAGACAGUUGCUGGUAUCACCGUGACCUUUGACUGGCAUAGCACAGCAACCAUUACGCUGCCCAGCAGCUACCAGGGUGCAGUUUGCGGCCUGUGCGGAAACUACAAUGGAAAAGCUCAAGAUGAUCUGACCAUGCGGAACGGCCAGACUGCAACAAAUGGAGCCGAGCUGGGGGAGAGCUGGCAGGAGUCCCUCGUACCCGGCUGCUCAUCGGUCUGCCAGGGGGCUUGGUGCCAGGCCUGUUCAGACUCCCAGAGGAAAGAGUACCAAGCACAGAAGUACUGUGGUAUUAUCGCUGACAAGGCAGGGCCUUUCAGAGUUUGUCACAGUCAGGUAGAUCCAGCUCCCUACCUUGAGGACUGUGUGUAUGAUGUCUGUCACUAUCACGGUCACCAUGGAUCAGUCUGUGAUGCAGUGGGAGUCUAUGUCUCUGCUUGUCAGAACCAGGGAAUCACCAUCACCUCCUGGAGAACAGAUAACUUCUGUCCAAUGGUGUGCCCAGCUAACAGCCAUUAUACAUUGUGUGCCAGGGGCUGCCCAGCCACCUGUGCCAGCCUAACCACCUAUGGCACCUGCCGCCGGGCCUGCACAGAGGCCUGCGAGUGUGACGAAGGCUACCUGCUGAGUGGGGAUACUUGUGUGCUUGUGCGAGAUUGUGGCUGCUCCUACGACGGCCUUUACUUCAGGAAAGGAGACAUCUUCUAUCCGGAAAACGAGUGUGUGGAGCAAUGUAUCUGUGGAGAAAAUGGUGCCGUGUCUUGCCAAAAGUACAAGUGCUUUCCAGGGGAAACCUGUAAGCUUGUAAACGGAGUGAAAGGUUGCCACCCCGAGGGGCAAGGCAAGUGUGUGGCGUCUGGUGACCCUCAUUACAUUUCCUUUGAUGGAAAGAGGUUUGAUUUCCAGGGUACCUGUGUCUAUGAUUUGGCCAAGGUUUGCGAUGAUAAUAAUGGCCAGCUGACGACGUUCAACAUAACUCAGGGGAAUGAGAAGUAUGGAAAUGGAAAAGUGGCUGUUACCAAGUCAAUCGCAGUGGCUGUCUAUGGUUAUGUUAUUUACAUUCAGCAAAAAGUGCCAUGGAAAGUCAUUGUGGAUGAUGAACUUCUAAACCUUCCCCUCUCUCUCAACAAUGGGCUCCUCAGAGUCACCCAGGAAGGGAACAACAUUGUUGUCCGCACAGACUUUGGACUGACGGUCCUGUACGACACUGUCUAUUAUGUUGAGGUAAUCGUUCCUUCUACAUACCAGGGAAAAAUGUGUGGUCUUUGCGGCAACUACAACAAGAAGGGUGGUGAUGACUUCAUGCUUCCCGGGGGCAGAACAACGGACAGCGUCGAUGAGUUCGGGAAAGCAUGGGUGGUGGACCUGCCUGGCAAUGUGUGUGGAGGCUGUGGAGGCCAGUGUCCAGUGUGUGAGCAGGCCAAGGCCAACAUGUUCAGAACAGCAGACUCCUGUGGCCUCAUUAUUGCACCUAAUGGGCCUUUCAAAGCCUGCCACAGUAAAAUUGACCCAGCGGCAUACCUGUCUAAUUGCGUGUUUGAUGUUUGUGCCUUGGAUGGCGACAAAGGCACUUUGUGUAACAGUGUCCAGGCCUACGCUUUGGCCUGCCAGAGCGAAGGAGUGAAAAUCCAGCCAUGGAGGAGCAGCUCUUUCUGCCCUGCUUCCUGCCCUGCACACAGUCACUAUGAGGUGUGUGCCGAUACCUGUGGUGGGAACUGUGCCAGCUUUACUUUCCCAUUUACUUGUCCUGAAAGCUGUUUUGAAGGGUGCGAAUGUGACGACGGCUUUGUUUUUGAUGGCAUCCAAUGUGUUCUUUUGGAUAACUGUGGAUGUGUGCACAAUGGCCAAUAUCUUAUGGUGGGCCAAGCAGCUGUGGACCAAGCCUGUACGUCAAAGUGUAUGUGCCAGGCCUCUGGGAUAGUGAAGUGCGAGAAGCUGUCAUGUGCCAGUGGGGAGGUUUGUAGUGUAAGAGAUGGCGUCCGAGGUUGCCACAUCAAACAAGGCCACUGCGGCGUCGGCCGCAAUGGCCAUCUCACCUCAUUUGAUGGCGUAUCUGGGGCCAUAGGGGCUCAAGGGGCAUUUGAAAUUGCGACUCUGUGUGACGAGGCCCCGGAGCUGUGGUUCCGUGUGGUUGUGGAUGUCAGGGUCUGUAGUAAAGGAGCGUCACCCACUGUUGCCACCGUGUACGUGUUCUUCAAGGAAGCUGCCAUCACAGUCAACAGCCAGCACGUGACUUGGGUAAAUGGCAGGAAAAUGUCCCUUCCAAGCAAAGUGACCAAGGAGAUAUCUGUCCAAAUGUCAGAGACGACCGUGAUCAUCGAGAGAGGAUCUGCUUUGCAGGUCACCUACUCGCUUUCAAAGGAGGUGACGAUCACUAUUGACAGCAGCCUGUCCGGCAAAAUGUGCGGUGCCUGUGGCAACUACAACAACAUCUGCAAAGAUGAUAUGAAGACUGCAGAUGGGGAAAUUGCCACUAAUGUUACAGUGGUUGUUGGGUCCUGGGCCGCUGGGGAUUUUUCUAGAUGCGGCCUGUAGAGAUGUUGGGUCUGCGUUGAUAGAAAACAUCAGGUAUAAAGAGAACCAUGAACUGAUGUUCCCCUGUGAUUGAAACAGCCGUACAACGUGGCUCACAUCUCUGCUUUUUUUCUUCUUCGAGGAAUGUGGCUAAAGUUUUCUUGUUUACAGACAGUGUUUCUCAUACUUUACAUUACAUACAUUUGUACGAUUCAUGAAACGGUUUGGGGUUGUUUUCUGAUCAUCUGAUCCUGCAUUGUUCACUUCGGAAUGGUGGAAAAACUCAUUUAUUAAUCAAUAUCUCCAUCUAGUGGAGGAGAAAAUAGUAGCAUCUGAAAUGUAUUUUACAAAAUUAAAUUUCAACCAAUAAAUACU